CACAAAAUAGACAACCCCUAGCUAGAAUCAGUUGAGAAUCGCCGCCUCUCUCUUCUUCUUCACGAGAUUUCUCCUCCAAAUUUGUUCACCAGCGCGCUGAUGGUGUGGAAGCAGCCUCUUUUGCACACACGAGGUGGCGAGAUGUUCUUGCAGUUUUAGAAGGGCUGCAUUUGAUUCUUGAAGGGUGGUUAUACAUAUAGUUACUCAGCUUGGCUUGACUUGAAAUUGUACGGUGUUGGUGUAGCCUUAUGCUUUGGGAAGUGUCACUGCAAAUUUUUGGUUCUUUUGUAUUUUAGAUGUUUGUGUGUUUCAGCAUGGUUUCUGCAGCUGUUACAUAACAUUCAACUCCUUAAAUUCAAUUUGUCUGCACGAAACAGGAUAAUUAAUUUAUCUUUUGCGCAAGUUUGUUGCAAUUGUUUUCUUUGGUUUAAAAUCAGUGUACCCUUCUUGCAUGUAGCUGGCUGACAAGUGUGGUGCUUUAAUGGCGUUGGAGUUUGAUACGUCAGAGAUAGAGUACAUGAGCUACAGCGGUGAGCAUCACCUGCCACUGAUUAUGAAUCUCGUGGAUCAGGAGCUGAGUGAGCCCUAUUCCAUCUUCACCUACAGAUACUUCGUCUAUCUCUGGCCCAAUCUCUCUUUUCUCGCAUUCCAUAAAGGAAAAUGUGUUGGCACGGUGGUGUGCAAAAUGGGAGAUCACCGCCAUACUUUCAGAGGAUACAUCGCCAUGCUUGUUGUUCUCAACUCUUACAGAGGCCGAGGCAUUGCAACUGAGCUUGUUAGCAGAUCAAUUAAAGUGAUGAUGGAAUCAGGUUGCGAGGAGGUAACACUAGAAGCAGAAGUGACCAAUAAAGGGGCACUAGCACUGUAUGGUCGUCUGGGAUUUAUUAGAGCCAAGAGGCUUUUCCGGUACUACUUGAAUGGCGUUGAUGCUUUCCGGCUGAAGCUAUUGUUUCCUCGACCUGAACCAGACUACUCUGAUUCAAUCAAGUCGGUUGCAGACGAGAGUGAGGAGCAUGGUGAUGGGAUGCCCCCCGAAGAAAGAAUUAUACAGUAAUGCAACAUGUAUUGAUGGAGGGAGACUACUGAAGAUGUUCGUUCCAUUAUAUCUUACCUCCAUAUCCACAUUCAUCGAUUUAAGCUCGACGAUACUGCUUUGGUUGUAGUGAAUAUCUUAUCUCAUUGCUUUUGCGACUUUGCUAGUGCAAAGCUUGUGAAUAAUAUGUUCAGUGUAUCAAACAUAGAGAAAAUUGGACUUUUUGACUUACAUUGAUUUAAACAAGGAAUAAGUUUUAUUUA